UUUCACAUAUACGAUUUAAUUUAAUUACACCAUCUGUUUUACAUGUCUUUUCAGCCACAUGAUCUUAUUUUUUGCUACAGAUGAGAUUAAAGGGCUGAUAGCGAUUUUUUGAUGUCCGGAUAAAUUUAUAGUGAACCAGCCCAGAAAAAGAUACAGCUGUAAAUUUUGUUACUGAGAAAAAAGUCGUCACAGGAAGGGAGGACCCUUAACCAUCUAAUUACGAUUAUACUUAGGACUUUAAUUUUCUUUUAUGUAGGUAUAGAAUUACAUAUUUAGGUACACCUGCCCACUCCCAACCGUAAACACAGUUGUCCUCAGUAUCCUCCAAAGAUCAAUUAAUUAAAAGACCAGUUACGAUUGCCAUAGAUGUUACUGACCUCCGCACGCAUCUCAGGCCGUGUAACAGUCUAGAGGUUGAAUUUCAAACAAUCCUUCCUUUUUUAGUGAUGAUCUACAACAUUAGAACAAUACGUUAAGCUCCAUGCCUAAAGGGUCCUUAUGCUGCAUGUGCAUAAAGAGCCUUUAGGCAUGGAACUUACUUGUAUGGAAUAAUUGUAAACAAUCAUACAUAAUAAUCAUACACUUGCACAUUAGCUUCUCCUAUAGGGAAAUGUGUCAUCCUUCACUUGUUUUCAAUGUACCUAAGUAAAUAAAAUAACUAAUUCUGACUUAGUAAGUUGAGUUCUAGGUACGUGAGCUACGUCGCGGAUGUCACCCAAAACAGGUUGAGCCCUACGUCACAAUAAGGCUUAAAAUACUCAAAACUUCAAUUAUUCAUACUAUUGGGAAAACCCUGAAGCUCGGAUUAGGGAUCCGCCGAGGUCCAGCCGUGGCGCCGUGACUAAGCGGCGCGGCACAAGCUCCAACUCUGAUAAAUACAGUCAAACGAGUCCGACGUACCGCCAGUGAGCAGUGCAGUGUCCGAGGUUUGGCGAGACGACCGCUCGCGUCAGGCCACUUCAAUAACAAACAACAUGUUUAUAUCAUUUAUAACCCGAACUUGCUUACUUCUCGCCGUCCUCGAAUCGGCGACGACACAGAACGACCAAGGAUCCAAAACAUGCAAGAUAAGUGACGAUAUAGAAGGAGAGUGUAUUUUGCUACAAAAAUGUCCUCGAGCAUUGGAUUUGCUAAAGUUAAAUGACAUUAAAUCUUUAAGGAAUCUCACUUGUGGAUAUGAUAAGCUGGAUGCAAAGGUAUGCUGCGUCACGAACAAAACAGACGGAAUAUCUAUCACCUUCAAUACGACUAAAGACACCGCCACUAGUAGACCUGAAGGCAGUAUAUCGGUUACUGUUAAAGUGCCACCAGAUCCGGUAGCUACCUUCCCUCCUAGCACUCCUCCAACCGAGGCACAUACAUCUAAAGUAGUUUACUCCACUACAUUCGUUCCAAGCACAACACAUAAACAGAAGAAAACAAAUGCGCCUCAUCAUAACAAUGAAUUUAAUGUGCCAACACUACCAUCAUCUUCGGCUUUCGCUUUUCGCCCGCCAACACCACCUACGCGACCACCGUCCAAUCUACAGUCGCAAGAAGUACCUUCCAUGCUUGAAAUAGCUAGUGAAACCAUACCAACAUUUGACAAUCCGCUUGGAAUCGACACAAACAUCCCAGCCCGAUUUCCACUUGAAGAACCAGACAACAGUAAAGUUGGGUCGUGGCUAUCAGAAGGUUCCGAUGGUGUAACCGAGCAAAUGGAUCGUUUUCCUGUAUUGCAGCAUGCCGUCAAUCUACCAAGUCGGAAUGAGUGUGGACUGCUCUCUACUACUGACAGAAUCUUUGGUGGACAAGUGGCAGGACUUGAAGAGCUACCAUGGCUGGCUCGUAUCAAGUAUCUAUUGAGGUCGAAAGAGAUCUACGCGUGCCAUGCGUCCCUGAUUACUGACCGUUUUCUGAUUACUGCUGCGCACUGUGUAGUCGAUCAGCAAAUAAUAGACGUUCGUCUGGGUGACUGGGAUGCUGAGACAGAAAUUGACUGCAUUCAGGAAGACUGCAACGAUCCUCCCGUGGACGUCAAAGUCGAUGCAAAGUUCAUACACCCUUCGUAUCAUAGACAAACACUAGUUGGAGACAUAGCCUUACUGCGGCUGGCACAUCCGGUCAACUUUACAGAGUUUAUCCGGCCAGUGUGCUUACCGACUACAGAAUACAUAGCACGAAUAGAUUAUGAUCCCGAUAGUGAAUACUUAACUGGUGGCUGGGGAAAAACAGAGUUUGAAACAAGAUCUGCAAUUAAAAGAAAAAUCCGACUGACGGCUGUACCGAUACCCACAUGCAGAGCAGCAAUCCGACGGAUGUCUGACCAGCUAGCCGCCAGCUCCAUCUGCGCCGGCGGGAGGAAAGGCGAGGACAGCUGCUCCGGAGACUCUGGCAGCUCCCUCGUCCGGCUGGCAAGCGAGAACCGCCGUUUUAACUGGUUCCUCUUUGGGGUAACCAGCUUCGGAUCGUCUAAAUGCGGCUCUGAAGGAAUACCGGGCAUCUAUUCGCGGGUAACAUAUUAUAUGGAUUGGAUUUUGAGUAUUCUGGCAUUGUAAAAGAGAAUAGAUUAAUUAUUUAUACGUAAAGGAUGAACGUGAAAGUGAAAACACCACGUAAAUACGUAGGUAUGGAUGUUGAUGUAAUUUUGCCAUACUACCAUCUUAAAGUAAGUUAAAUAGGUAACUAUGAUAAGUUUUAACCCUUUGAACGUCAUGCCUGUCGUGUGCGGCGCGGCGCGUGAUCGUGAACCUUGUCGGAAUGCACAAAGGUUGAUAUAAUGGCUGCAGCCGCGUGCGUCAGUUGACGUCUUUGGCGAUCAAAGGGUUAAAGGAAUACUUGUAACUAGUGAGAUACUUGUCAACCUAGUACAGUACACUUGCUGUUAUUCAUUCAGAUCGUAAGUGUACAAUGACUCAAUGAGAUAUUAAAUAAAAUAAUUUAAUGAUU